GUUUUUAAGGUAAUUUAUAUCCCAAAUGUAGAGCGUAGGUUCCUACUUAAGCCCGCGUCAGCGUUUAUUAAAAAACUGUGAAAUCCGUCCAGACUUUUGUUUGCAACAAUCCUCAAUUAGCCAACUAAACAACAACAGCAUUCCCUCGAAAAUUCUGAGCGCAAUACAAUUUUUGCACGGCAAUGGCCAAUCCAGAUGAUGACGAAUCUAUAAAUGAUUUAAGUCAGGACUUGUUAGCAGGAACUGGAUAUUCGCAAAUUCAACUAGAUAGUCAAAUGCUCGUGGACAACAUUCUGGAAUUCGUUACUCAUGUGAAUGGCGAUGACACCGUACCACCGACGUAUACUCAGGAGUCGCAGAAUGCGAACGAGACCACUGACUUACCUAUCGAUCCGACCGGAAAGUAUCCCUCCACGGAAGAGUACCACCACCCUGGCGUGCCCUUUCUGGUGGUGUUACCCAACACCGAAGGGUCCGGGUUCGUAUAUUCGGAAAAUCUUCAAAAACUGUUCCUCAAAUUGGACAGCGUUUGCGCGUUCGAAGCGAAACAUAACGUGCCUGGUGGGCGCAACUUUUAUCUGCGUGCCAUGCUGGUAUCGGUUGUGCCGGAAUCGCAGCACGAGCCAGUCUUGCGCUGCCGCAAUCAUCAGGCAACCGACGAAGGCAAGGAGUUCGAGAACAUCAAAGAGCACGUUGUCCGGUGCAAAAACGAGCAGCACGAAUACGUUGGCCGAGGUACGGGAGCGUUCUUCGAGGACCGGUACGCCGUCCGGGUGCCGCUUGGUGCGGAUACCGUGGGUACCAAACUAACGCUGCAGUUCACCUGCCAAAACACUUGCUUCAAUACUGGGCUGAGGAAAACGGCACUAGUCUUCACCCUAGAGGACGAAGUGGGACAUGUUUGGGGGCGGCAAAUAAAGCACAUUAAAAUCUGCACUAACUACCGGCGCGAUAUGCUGAACGAAGAGAAAGCGAAACUGGUGGGAAAUGUGCCAGCCGUUUUAGGAUCGAAAACUUCUCAGCACGCCGGACGGCCACGAAAAAGACGCAUGCACGAUUUUACAGCAGGACCGUCAGGCAGUCGACGGCCAGCUCGUACACAGAAUCUAAUGAUUGAACGACAUGAGAUUCGAUUGGUAAUGCCGAGCGUACGGAUGGCGAAACGGGUGCUGGAUAAUGCGAUUGGGAUGAUCUCCGCAGCGGUUUUGCGCGUAGAAGACGAGCACACCAAGGCGGAGCUGAUGCAUUAUGUCGAUACAAUUCGAAAGGAGCGCCAAAAUCUGACAAUAUCCAAUAGCCAGUGCAGUGCCGAUAGCGAGCUGCUUUGAAUUGAUUAUAGAGCAGUCCAAUCGUGGGUAAAACUU